CGAACGCAUAUGACCGAACGCGAACACGUCCGAAAAUCAACCGAACGCGAACGUAUUUUUUUUAAUUUUUUAUUUUAUUUUUUUAUAUAUAUAGGGGUUUGGGGGCAUAGGGGGUUCUGAUGGGUGCGAAGAGGAGGAGGAGGAGAAAAUGGAGAACGACGACGAGGAAUAGACAGAAGGAGAAAAGGUCGAGGAGGAGGAGGAAGAAGAGGAGGACGAGGACGUAGAUAUGGCGGAGGAGGAGGAGGAGGAGAGAAUGGAGGAGGACGAGCAGUAGUAAGAAGAAGAAAAGGUUAAGGAGAGAAUGGAGGAGGACGACGACGAGAGAAUGGAGGACGAAGACAAUGGGGAGGGUGUAGAUAUGGUGGAGGAGGAGGAAGAAGAAGAGAAGGAGGACGUGGAUAUGGCGGAGGAAGAGGAGGAAGGAGGAGAAAGGAGGAAGAAGAAGAAGAGGAGGAAGAAGAAGGGAAAAGAAAAUAAUCGCGCAUGCUGAUGUGGCAGCGGAGGAGGAAGAGGAGGAGGAGAAGAGAAUGGAGAACGAGGACGAGGACAAGGAGCAGAAAGAAGGAGAAAAGGUCGAGGAGGAGGAUAAGGAGGACGAGGAGGUCAACGAGGUGGAGGCGCUGGAGGGGGAGGAAGAAGAUCGGGAGGGUGUAGGCUGUGUAGCAGGAGGAGGAAGAGAAGAGGAGGAGGAUGUGGAUAUGGCGGAGGAGGAUGGGGGAGGAGAAUAGAGGAAGACGAGGAGGAGAAGAGAAUGGAGAAGGAGGACGAGGAGUGGAAAGAAGGAUAAAAAGGUCGAGGAGGAGGAUAAAGAGGUGGAGGAUAAAGAGGAGGAGGAGGAGGUGGAGGAGGAGGAGGAGGCGAGGGUUGACGAGGUGGCGGAGAAGGAUGGGGAGGAGGAGCGCGACCUUUUUUUUUUUGUUUCUUCUGCCGUGCGUUCGUCAGAGGAGGAAGAGGAUAAAGAGGACGAGGAGGAGGGGGAGGAGGACGAGGAGGUGGUCGAUGACACGGAGGUGGAGGAAGAAGAGGACGAGGAGAGGGAGGAAGGCGGGGAGGAGGACUUCGAUAUGGCAGAGGAGGAGGAAGAAGACCACGAGGAGGUGGAGGAGGAGGAGGACGAGGAAGAGGAGGAGGAGGAGGUAGACGUGGAGGAGGAAGACGAGGAGCAAGAAGCAGAUGACGAGGAGGAGGAGGAGGUGGGGGAGGAGGUCGACGAGGUGGAGGAGGAGGACGAAGACGAGGAGGAAAAGGUGGAGGAGGUCGACGAGGUGGAGGAGGAAGAAGACGAGGAGGAGAAGGUGGAGGAGGUCGACGAGGUGGAGGAGGAAGGAGAAGAUGAGGAGGACGAGGUGGAGGCCCUGGAGGGGGAGCAGAACGGGGAGGAUAUGGCGGGUUACGAGUCAGAGGACGAGGAUGAAGAAGAAGAGGAGGAGGAGGAGGAGGAGGAGAAGAAGGAGGGGGCGGAGGAGGACGCGACGUGGUUUCUCACCUGGGAGGCGAUGGAGACAACGGUGACGGCGACGACGACGACGGCGACGGCUCCCCGGGCGGGUGACUGGCGGGGUCUUGAGGAAGGUCUAGGAGGGUGUCACAAAAGUGUCAGUGAUGAAGCAGUCUUCAACCGUUCCGUGAUGUAGACGACAAUGACUUCAGCUUGAUUGCCCCAGUAGCAGGUUGCGCCCGGCACACGAU